AUGGAUUCCUCACCCGUGCGAAGGGUCCUCGACGUGAAUAAUGCUGCCGCUGGUGUAAAACGCCCAGCACCUGGCUCUUUAUUGCCAGCCUUCGAACCGAGUUCCUCCCCACCAUGUUUUAAGCGUCACAAGUCUCGCGUAUCGGAGAGCGAGAAUAGAUAUCCGACCCCUGUUCCCUCAUCCUCUCUCGGCGUCCUCUCGUCCCCCCCCCCUCAGCUAUCGUGCAAACCCGUACCCGAACAAAGUCAACCUGCUCUCUCCGAACGCUCUCCCUUGGGUGGUAUCCCAUCCAUCACCCUGCCGGAAAACGGUGAACCCGUCCUUUUGGGAAGGUCCAGCAAUUCAUCUCACUAUCAGCUUUCUGCCAAUAGAUUGAUAUCACGCGUCCACGUCAAGGCACUAUAUCUAACCACAGCAUCAAGGCCAAAGGUCGAGAUCCAAUGUCUAGGUUGGAACGGCGUAAAGGUUCAUUGCCAGGGCCAUGCCUGGGAGUUGGCAAAGGGAGAUGUGUUCACGUCCGAAACUGAGCAUGCAGAGAUUAUGCUUGAUGUCCAGGACUCACGUGUAGUCCUUGCAUGGCCAGGCCGGUCUCGCUCCGCAAGUCUCCCGGCCCUGGGCUCACCCACUGGUAGGGUAUCCAGGAGUCCAUCCAUUGGAUGGGUAGAUGAUAACGAUGAGAACGUUGACCCCUGCGGCUCUGAUGCAAGAAACAGCAUCCGUCGUUGCGGUGCCAUGCUCGGUGAGAAACGCAACCGUUCACCUGUCUCUCCUCUCCAUAAAAGGGGAGGCGGAAAUUCAUCCUCUAUGCUUUUGUCGGAAUCCCAGAUGACUGACACCUUUUUGGAAAUCUACGAGGAUGAGCCUGUGCCUGACUUUAACGAGGGGGCCCGGUCUACCCUUCCCGAGCCAUCUGAGAAGGAGGAGAUUUCCCAGGCAAUGAGGUCUCUGCUUGGUGACAGUGAGGGCGAAGAUGAAGAUGAGGGUCAGGAUGGUGAUUCUUUUGAGGAUAAUACCGAUGCCAUUGCGCAGAGUUUCCGCGAAGAGGAGCCCUCUCUCCCUCCAAUGGUCACCUUCUCUACCGCCGAACCCCUCGGUGUUCCAGCCACUCCCCCAACCUCGUAUGUUGCCCGCGGAUCAUCCGCCUUCUCCUCACCCAUAAAGCGUCGAAGUGCUUCAGUUUCCCCCACCAAGGCCAAUACUCUCCAGAAUCACAUCACCAACCAACUUGCUUUCUCGCGUCUUUCUUCCACCCCGCUCUCUGCACUCUUGUCAAACCUCCCAUCAUCGCUUGCGCCAUUGGUUAACAAGGAGCGUCUUAUCGAGGUUUUAGAUAGUCUUCCUUGCAUCGGAGAAAUCAAACGAUCCGGUAAAGACGCGGCUGGAAAGCCACUAGAAAGUGAAUAUUACUAUGUCCCCGACCGUGAUACAGAUCUCGGCAGACGCGGUGCUGUCGUGCAGGGAAUGGGGAGAGUUGGGUUGAGGGCGUGUAGAAGAACUCAUAAGGUAAGAUGAUGUGAUCGUGGUUUCUUUGUUUGCAUGGGUAUGAGCAUAAACUAACCGGGUGCUUAGCAAUACUACUGGAGAAAGCCGAAGAAGCCGGCUUACUACUAG